CCAAAGCACAAAUGAAAUGGUCUUUGUAUUUUCUCAAAAAGAAAUGAUCUCUGUAUUCAUCUCCAUUACUAAGAACCCAAGUUGAUAUGCGUCCAUUCUCAGGCAGAAGGUCUAGAAGGUCUAGGCGGGUUAGCAACAAGGAAUGCUGUUGCUACUGCAGCUGCUUCUUCUUCAUCUUCAUCUUAGUCGGCGUCGCUAUCUACAUUUCGCAGAGCUUCAGAACUGACAACCCCAAAUGCUCCGUCGACUACUUCUACGUGCCGGCGCUCAACAGAACCCUGAACUCCACCACCAAUUCCACGUUGUACUUCAAUCUGAAGCUGGCAAACCCCAACGGCGGCAUCGGUAUUAACUACAACGACGUGAAGGUCAACGUCACCGUGUUCGACGCCGUGGGAAACGGGUCCCAGUCGUCCCACCUCCUGGGGGACACUACGAUCCAGCGCUUUUACCAGGGGUAUGCAAAGACGGCUGAGAAACCGGGUCAUGUGGACUAUAACAUGACGGUGGUUUCCCAGGGGGUUUUCCCUAACGCGACGGCGGUUUUCCGGAUAGAUUUGGUGACGGCCGUAAGGUUCAAGAACGUGUUUUUGAGUAAGAGGCGUGAGAUCAGGGUAGGGGCAAGAGUAGUAGUCGACGAGAAUGGUUCUAUGGUUCUUCCAAAGAAGGAGAAGGACAUCGCACUCGUUUCCAUGGCUCCAAAGCAGGGAUGCUGCAGCAUGGUUCUGCUGAUUCUGGGGAAUUUUCUGGUCUUGACUAAUUUGGUUACUUUUUUGUGAGUUUUUCUUGCUUUUAGCUUUGUUAAGGCUUUUGAUUUUUAUCUUCUCUUUCUCAGAAAGAAAGAAAAUGUUGUUAUGUAUGAGGAAUUUGCUUGUGGAAAUUUGAUUCUUAUUCCCAUAAAAAGAUAAAUUAAUU